UGGGGAAUUCCUCACUUUCUCAAGCUACUCCUCUUUCCUGUCUCCUUUCGGCUCUCCACGGAAUUUCAACGUCACUCACGGCUGCGCGGACGGCUUCACGCUCCAUGUGUCGCCAGUCCCCUGCCACGACGCGCAUUAAUAUUCCUGUAAGUCUCAGUCAUGAAUAACAAUUACACCGUGCACCGGAGGUAGAGGCGGUAGCUCUGUGCUCACAGUCACUCAGAGCGGCGGCAGCUCCGGGCACAGGAGGGUUCUGCAUGGAGAUAUAGAGCAGGCCUGCCUGCAGACACACGGGGGCUUCUACUUACGCAUGGAAUGAGUUUUUUUGUCGGUUUGGACCGAACACGUACUAUUUUGUGCUGACAUUUGACUCUGAGCCUGCUCUGGCUACCAUCACACUUUACAGAUGUUAGUUCAUCCCUACUCCGCUGGGGACCGGCACGAUGGCGUUUCAAGUCACAGUUCGCGCUUAUCCCAGCUGGGCUCGGUGUCGCACGCCGGACCCUACUCCAGCGCGCCGCCGCUGUCUCAUGCGCCUUCCUCGGAAUUCCAGCCUCCAUAUUUCCCUCCGCCGUACCAGCCGCUCGCUCACUACCAAAGCCAGGACCCGUACUCCCAUGUAAGCGACCCGUACUCCCUGAACUCGCUCCAUCAAAGCCAGCAGGGCGCAUGGGGUGCGCGCCAGCGGCAGGACGCCGCCGGGGACAGGAUGGAGAGCUCAGCGCUGUUGGCUCAGCCCCGGGCCUCUCUGCCUCAGCUCAGCGGGUUGGACCCGCGGCGGGAUUACGGUGGAGUUCGGCGGCCUGACUUGCUGCUGCACUCAGCUCAUCCGGGACUGGAGCCCGGGAUAGGAGAUGGACUGCUGCACGGUCUUCACGGCAUGGAGGACGUUCAGACCAUUGAAGACGCCAACGGAACCAAUAUCCUGGAUCAAUCUGUAAUUAAGAAAGUCCCUAUGCCCCCCAAGAACAUGGGCUCUCUGAUGCUUGGCAAGGAAGGCCUGAUCGGAGGAGUCACCGUCAACAUUAAUGAGGUGUUCUGCUCGGUACCGGGCCGCCUGUCGCUGCUCAGCUCCACCUCCAAAUAUAAAGUGACCGUAGGGGAGGUGCAGAGGAGACUGUCCCCACCUGAGUGCCUCAACGCCUCUCUGCUCGGAGGUGUGCUGAGAAGAGCAAAGUCUAAAAACGGUGGCAAAUGCCUGAGGGAAAAACUGGAGAAGAUCGGAUUAAAUCUACCUGCUGGGAGACGUAAAGCGGCCAACGUCACGUUACUAACAUCUCUCGUAGAAGGUGAGGCGGUUCACCUGGCCCGUGACUUCGGCUACAUCUGCGAGACGGAGUUCCCCACGAAAGCUGUGAGCGAAUAUCUGAACCGGCAACACGCAGACCCCAACGAGCUGCACACGCGAAAAAACAUGCUGCUGGCAACAAAACAGCUGUGUAAGGAGUUCACGGACCUGCUGGCCCAGGACAGGACUCCCCUGGGCAACUCUAGGCCCACCCCUAUCCUAGAACCUGGCAUCCAGAGCUGCCUCUCCCACUUCUCCUUCAUCACACAUGGCUUUGGCUCGCCAGCCAUCUGCGCCGCUCUCACCGCCCUGCAGAACUACCUCACUGAGGCUCUCAAAGGACUUGACAAGAUGUUCCUCAACAACCCGCCCAACAACCGGCACGGGGACGCUGGCAGCAAGGCCGGCGACAAAGAGGAAAAGCAGCGAAAAUGAAGCAGGCGCAGAAGGGGGAGUGAUGAAGGAGAGGCAGGAGGAAGGCCGACACACUGACAGAAGCGUUACACAGUUUCUUCUAGCUUUUACAUCGCUGCUACCGCCCUGCCACACACAAGGCUGAGGUGGAUGACAGGAAAGGCAUGGUAUAGAGAGAACGGCAGAGGAAGACACCCAUGGGCCAGUGUUUGAACGCACAGAGGGAUUUUUCAUCUGUGUUACGUUUUUUCAUUCCCCUGAGGACAUGGUGGUUACUGUGUUCCAUCCAUUUUGCUCCCCCCGCCUGCAUCCUGAGAGACUGAGAUGCUGUGAGCAGCCAACAAAUGACAAUGUGUGUGUGAGUUUGCGAGGGAGCGUGUGCUUGUGUUUUUUGUCUUCACACAGAAAAAAAAAAAGCAUUGUGGGUUUGGAGAUUUUCGUUGUGCUGCAGCAUUCUGUGAAACAGGCCUGUCUGGUUAUUUAACAAGAGUACAAUGAGGGAUGACUUAAUUUAUGUGUGUAAAUAUUUAUUUAUAAUUAUUUAAAUUGUUGAAAUAGGUGCACCAUCUACUUUGGAGUAGACCUAUUUUAUAUGUGAUUUGACCAUUGUGAGCCAGUGGGGAGGGAGAAGGCAGGACUCGUUCAGUGUUUUUUUGUUCUUAUAGAGCUGUUGUCAUGGUGCUGAUGCUGAUGAUGAUGGGUAGAAAUGCUUCUAAUUGUCCAGUGAUUUCAUUUCUAUCACAUUGAUAAUAAACCAUGUGUUUCAUAAUGUGA